AUUGACAGUUUGUCACUUGAACAACUAGGUAUUUUAAGUUGUUGUUACCUGAUGAAUAUUGCAAAAAUAUUUUGAUAAUAACAGUUAAUACUAAUUAUUUGCUCGUUUCACCAUGAACGCACCACCGACAUUCGAAUCAUUUUUACUGUAUGAUGGAGAAAAGAAGGUUCAGAAAGAAGAAGAUACAAAAGUUACAAAUGCGGCUAUAUUUACUGUUAAUAAGGAAGACCAUUCGCUUGGAAACAUGAUUAGACACCAACUUUUAAAGGACCCGAAAGUAUUGUUUGCAGGCUAUAAAGUACCACAUCCUUUAGAACAUAAAUUUGUUUUGCGUAUUCAAACAACUUCGGACUAUACACCUCAAGAUGCCUUUAUGAAUGCCAUAACAGAUUUAACAUCUGAGUUAUCUUUGUUUGAAGAACGAUUUAAGGAAGCAAUUAAAGAAAAGAAAGAUGGCUUGGACUGAAGAAAAUCAAUGAAUAAAAUUAAGCUAAAUAAAAUUAAGUACAUAUGUGUAAAUAUUGA